AUGGAUGAUCGUAACGAUGAAUAUAAUCACUUUUUACAAACACAUCAAUUACAACUUGUGUUUAAUAAUAUUCCGAAACAUCUUCAUCGACGUUUGUAUGAAAAAAUGAAAAAUGCAAUAUUUGAUAGUGGUUCGUAUUUUCAAUUAUGUCCAGUUGAUGACGACGAUGAAGAAUUAGAAAAACCAUAUAAUCCUGAACGUCGUUUUUAUGUUUCAACGCUUGAAAAUGUUGUACUCGAUCCAGAAAAUGAUGAAAACGCUAUCUUUCUUAUUGAUCAUGCCUGGACUUAUAGAAUCGGUGAUGCAAGAAAUGAUUUGAAAUCGAUUCCGAAUCUAUAUGAACGCAUGGCAUCAUUGAUGAAUGUUAAUUCCGACACAAAGGAUGACGGCAUCGAGUUAAUACUGCAACGUAUGUGGAAAUUCAAUCAAACUUAUACAUUAGCAUCAACACAAUUCAAUCCAAAUGCAGGUUUAGAAGCAAGACAAGAACCUUAUUGGUAUGUCAUGGAUGAAUUGGGUUCAUCGAUACGUUAUUCGAGUAGCAAUGCAAAUGUUCGUUGUGUUUCGUUUUUUUUCGAACCAAGCCAAACAAUGUUUACGCUAUUCUAUCCAAUUGUCCGUAUUGAACAAUCAUAUACUGAAAUCUUUCGAAAUUAUAUUCAUGAUAAUAGUAAUCCACUUGAUAGAAACAUAAAAUUAUUACCAUGGCAACGUGUUUAUUCUCGUAAAUCAAUUCUUCGUAGUUUAACAAUUGAAAAUUGUCCGGAAAUAUUUACAACAAGACUUCAAAAUAAAACAGAGUUAUUUGAAGAAAGCCAUAAAAAUGAUUUAUAUGAUAAAAUUUCUAAUAAAAUUCAAUUGUCAAAAUUCGAUAAAGAACAUAUUUGGAAGGUUUACACCGACAAUGGAUUUGUUAAACAGUAUUUAACUGAUCCACAUUAUCAGCUUGUUGAUAAUAUGGAUCAAGCGGAUAUUAUAUUUAUUGAAAAACUUAUUCAAGAUUUUCGCCAUGAAACAUUAAACAAUAAAUUAGUUAAUCAAUUUCCAUUCGAAAGCGUACUGACAAAAAAAGAAUUGCUAGCGUUAACUGCUAGACGAUGGAGAUCUCUCUAUGGUUCGUCAUCAGCAAUCGAAGUUGAUCCAUAUGUAGAAUCACAUGGUAGUCCACCUUGGUUAGCUCCAACCUUCAAUCUCACAUAUGAAUUAUCUCAAUUUGCUAUUUAUUUUCAAUAUUGCGAAGAUCAGCAAACUGACAAUACUUGGAUAGUGAAACCAAUAAAUUUACCACGUUCGACUGAUAUAUCAAUUACAAAUUUAUUUGAUAUGGUUAUUCGUUUGCCUGAGUCAGGCUCAAAGAUUGCUUGUAAAUACGUAUCAAAUCCGGUUUUAUUUAAAAUACCUGAAAUUGAAGGUAACGGAGUAAAGUUCGAUGUUCGUUAUAUGCUACUUGUACGUAGUGUUCUACCAUUGAAAUUGUAUGUUCAUAAAAUAUUUUGGCUUCGUUUUGCAAAUAAAUCAUUUUCAAUGAAAGAACUGGAUGAUCAUGAAACACAUUUUACCGUUAUGAACAUUCAAACUAAUGCGCAUGCAAGAGAAAUAGAUUGUGAAAAUUUUAUUGCUAUGUUUAAUGAGCAACAUGGUGAACACGGUGAUAAAUGGUCAGUUGUUGAACAACGCAUAUUUGAAAUAUUUCGUGAGGUUUUUCAUUGUGCAACAAUCGAAGAAGCACCACUAGGUAUUGGUUCAUGUUUAUCGUCACGAGCUGUCUAUGCAGCUGAUCUUGCACUAGAGUCGAAGAAUAAUAAAAUUCAACCAAAAUUAUUCGAAAUAAAGUUUUCUCCUGAUUGUCAUCGUGCAUGUACUAUCUACCCGAAUUUUUACAAUCAAAUUUUUAAUCUGCUCUUUCGUGAUGUAACCGAUGAUCAAGAUCUUGUAGAUAUUUCAGCUUAA